CUCCUUCGGGUCUUCGAGGAUUUCAAAAACUUCCUAAAGAAUCGAGCUGACCGGCUGGAAGCGACCAGCCCAGCUGUACCAACGGACGAAGCCAGCACUUCCAAGAAGGCCAUGGUAACCACGUCCGAACCUAUGAAGGUAACCUCCAAACAAUAUAAAACUAACCAGUGUCCGUAUUGUUCGAGUACUCACUAUAUUAACCAAUGUCCAAAGUUUACUGCAUUAAACGUUGUUUCGCGAAUUCGAACCGUGAAUAAAUUGCGAUUAUGCUUUAACUGUUUGUCCGCGACGCAUACUUUAGGUAACUGCAGGGCCAGUACAUGCCGAGUAUGUAAGGGCAAGCAUCACACGUUACUACACAAACCAAACCCUGAUACUCCAGUAGGUAGUAACCCCAUACCAACGAAAAUACCUAUUUCAACAUUAACCGCAGAACAACCGAGUUCAAGUCGAAUCGAGCCCGCCUUGUCUACUAAUGCCCUAAUAGCGGCACAAACAAACAAUCCGCGAAAUAGAUCCGUUUUCCUCACUACAGCCCAAGUGCUUGUUAGGGAUAAGUACAACAAUGUGCAUAAAUUAAAGGCAUUUUUAGACAAUGGCGCGCAAGAAAAUUUUAUUACCGAAAACGCGGUCAAAAAAUUGCAAUUGCCUAAGGAACAAUUUCCCUUAAACGUUGUAGGUUUUAGGGAAAAUGUUUCUAGCGUUCUAGAAUCAUGCGAAAUAACAUUGCAUUCCUUAGACGGAACCUUUACAACCAAUUUGUUCUGUUUUAUUGCGCCUGUUAUUUGCAAAACAAAUAUUGAAAUACCAAACGUGCAGCGUUGGCAAAUUCCGCCGCGUUAUCAAUUAGCCGACGACGAAUUUAGCGAAAUGCAAGACAUCGAUGUGCUUAUCGGUGGGGAAAUAUUCUUUGACUUACUUCUUACAGGUAAAUACAAACUUGGACCCGGAUUACCCAUUCUGAGACGUUCACGACUCGGAUGGCUAGUCACGGGUGCCGUACAAAAAAAAUCCGAGUCUGCCAUCCAAUGUAAAAUCACAGUUGAAAACCAAUUAAAAAAGUUUUGGGAAAUAGAAGAGGGUUCAGCACCAAAUUUACCUUAUGAUGAAAAACAAUGUGAAGAGAUAUUUUUGGAAACUCACACUCACAAUACUGAAGGUAAUUUUGAGGUUGAACUUCCGUUAAAGCAACCACCUACCAAGUUAGGUCAAUCUAGGCAUAUAGCAUAUCGAAGGUUCAAAACGUUAGAGACCAAGUUCCAACGGAACCCUGAAUUUAAGGAUAAAUUUGUCACAUUUAUGCGCGAGUUCGAACAAGCGGGCCAUAUGAUUAAAUUACAAGAUAAUUAUGACGGCCCAUGUAAUUUUUUACCGUUCCAGGCAAUUUUUCGCGACUCCCCUCUACCCCCACUCGUAUUGUUUUCGAUGCGUCUUGCAAAACUGAUAAUGGCGUUUCAUUGAAUGAUAUACAAUACAAAGGCUCAAUAAAACAGGACGAACUCAUAAACAUACUUUUACGGUUCCGAAAGUACCAAUUUGUUGUUAACGCAGACAUACAAAAAAUGUACAGAUGUAUUUAUUUAAAACCAAAUCAACGAUACCUACAAUGCAUAUUUUGGCGGGAAAACACUUACCAACCACUCCAAAUUUACAUGCUAACUACAUUAAGUUUCGGCUUAAAAUCAGCACCACACAUUGCAACCAGAUGUUUGUUACAAUUAUCCAACGAAAACAAACACACAUUUCCAGCAGCUGCAAAUGCCCUAGCCAACCAGUUCUACAUGGACGAUUUCAUCGCCGGCGGCGACGACGAGAGUCAGGUAGUCGAAACCGCAUCACAGGUGAACGAGAUCCUGCAGAGUGCCAACUUCGUGCUUCGGAAAUGGAAGUCCAACUCCGAAGCCGUCCUAAAACGGGUGAGUGAAACACACACACACCAACACACACCAAAAACCGAGUUCGGCGAUAAAACACACAAGGUUCUCGGUUUAGCGUGGUCUAGUGACUCAGAUGAGCUUAUGUAUACCAUUAAAGAAAACCAAAUAUCACACCCAAUUACCAAACGAAAGGUAUUGGGGGUAAUUUCGUCCAUAUUUGAUCCCCUAGGUUUGACAGGACCGGUUAUUGUAGUAGCCAAAAUAUUUAUUCAAAAAUUAUUUAAGGCUCAAUUAGAUUGGGAUACCCCAUUAACACAAGAUUUGGUUCAAGAAUGGGACACGUUCUAUCGAGACUUGUUCUUACUAAACCAAUUAAAAAUAUCGAGAUGUACAGUUAUACCUAACUGUGUGUCAUUACAAAUCCACGGGUUUUGCGAUAGUAGUACUAAAGCCUAUGGUGCUGCCAUAUAUUUACGCUCGAGUGAUAAAGUAGGAAAUAUUCAAGUUCACCUCCUUUAUUCAAAGUCCAAAAUAACCCCAAUAAAACCCCAAAGUAUUCCAAAGUUGGAACUUUGUUCAAGUUUACUUCUCGCAACACAUGUAGACAAAGUAAAACGAGCAUUAAAUUGUGACAUAUCUGGAAUUACUCUCUGGUCAGAUUCAAAAAUAAAUUUGUGUUGGAUAAAAAAUAGUAACCUAAAAUUAACUUGUUUUGUUAACAACCGAGUCAAAAAAAUAUUGGCACUUACAAACAAGAACGAUUGGUACUGGGUCCGCUCGGAAGAAAACCCGGCCGACCUAUUAUCUCGAGGGGUAGCACCAGGCAAGCUGGAAACCAACCAGUUAUGGUGGCAGGGGCCAAAAUGGUUGAGCCAAACUUCUGACACAUGGCCAUCCAAUUGCGCUGAGUCACUAGAGCAUGUACUCGUACCCGAGGCCGAGAGCGAAGUAACACUCGCCUUGACUAUCAACACAACACCUAACGACACAAUACAGUAUCUUUUUCACAGGUGGUCAAGUGAUAAGACACUUAUUCAUGUACUUGCAUACAUACAUCGAUUUACCUAUAACAUACAAAAUAAAACACGUACAAUUCAUCCAAAUCGAAAAUUAACGGGACCAUUAUCCGUAGACGAGUUAAAAAAAUCAGACCACACGUUAAUCAAAUAUUCACAAAUGGAAUCAUUCCCACACGAAUAUAAACUAUCAAAAAACAACAAACCCAUUAUGAACAAAUCAAAAAUAUUAUCCUUACACCCAUUCAUGAAGGACGGACUCAUUCGCGUCGGCGGACGAAUCGGCCUUUCGCAUUAUGCAUAUGAGAAAAAACACCCUAUAAUACUCAGUCACGAACACACGCUUACCAAACUACUAAUGCAAAAUGCACACAUACGUACUCUGCACGCUGGCCCUCAGUUAUUACUUUCAACUAUUCGCGAGCGCAUCUGGCCAACUAAAGGUAGAAUGUUAGCGUCUAAAAUUGUAAAUAAAUGCGUGCCGUGUUUUAGAGCAAAUCCAAAGACUACGAACCCUAUCAUGCGAAAUUUACCCCCCUCGAGGGUAAACCCAUCCCCCCCCUUUGCCAUUACGGGUAUCGAUUACGGAGGACCUUACAAUAUAAGGGAUAGGACAGGACGUGGUUACAAGGUUUACAAGUGCUAUAUAGCAGUAUUUAUUUGUUUUGCAACAAAGGCUAUUCAUCUCGAAUUAAUUACAGGGCUUGAAUCAGCCAACUUCCUGGCAGCGCUGCGACGGUUCAUCGCCAGGAGAGGUAAACCGAAGGAGCUGGUGAGUGACAAUUCAACCACUUUUCAUGGGGCUAAUAACGAGUUGAAAGAUUUACAAAGAUACCUACAGGACAGCUCGAGCGAGCUAGUAUCUCAUUGCGCAGACGAGGGCAUAAAAUGGAGUUUCAUCCCUGUAUACACGCCCCAUAUGGGCUCAUUAUGGGAAUCUAGUAUAAAACUUACCAAAUAUCACUUGAAAAGGGUUUUAGGGUUAUCAUUGUUAACCUAUGAACAAUUUGUAACAAUUCUAACUCAGGUCGAAUCUGUUGUUAAUUCUAGACCGUUGUGUCCCUUACCUAGUUCAAACCCUGACUAUCCUGUCCUCACGCCAGCUCACUUUUUAAUUGGAAAAGCACCGACUUCACUUCCCGAUGAAGAUUAUAACCAUGUACCAAAAAGCCGAUUAACUCACUAUCAACUUUUGCAACAAAUCACACAGGAUUUCUGGCGACGCUGGUCACGUGACUACAUCGGAACACUCCAGGAGCGCACGAAGUGGAGGAGCGCGCGAGGCCAAAGCCUCGCUGCCGGCACCAUGGUCCUGGUACGAGAGGAGCGCCUGCCGCCUUGCCUGUGGCGGCUGGGCAAGAUCGUCGCGACGCAGCCGGGCCGGGAUGGUGUCACCAGAGUAGCUAUCAUCCGCACCGCCAAAGGAGACAUCCAACGAGCGUUCAAUAAUAUUUGUCCAUUACCCACUUCCGGGCAAGUUUUAUAAGUAGGUACCUAAUACCUACCAACCUAAAAUU